GGGACGGAGUCGGUCACCUUGAUUCUCCGAUCCCGUAGCUGAUAGCGCGCCCCAGAAGGUUUUCUUCGGGGGUGGAAACGAACAGGGAAAGCCGCGGGGGAGAAGUGCAUUCCAGAGAAGAGAUAGGCAUAAAUAGCUAGCCACGCGCGGCGGAGAGCGAGCUAGCAACGCAGAGGCUGCCUGCUUCCUGGUCGCCGCCUCGCGUCGUCGAUCGGCGCGGUGUUUCUCACGGCUACCAAGAUAGUAGGGCUGGCAAACCGGUGGCCGGCCGCCGGCGCGGCGGCCGAGGAGAUGGGGAGCCUCGACGGCCACGCGCUGCAGGGCCACCACCACGGCUACGCCGCCCACUCCCACGUCGGCGCCGACAGCGGCGGCGGCGGCAACAGCAACAACGACGAGGACGACGCGUCGCCGCCGCCGGCGUCGUCGGGUGGAGGAGCGGGGGCGGGCUCGCGCCGGCCGCGCGGGCGGCCCCCCGGGUCCAAGAACAAGCCCAAGCCGCCCGUGGUGGUGACGCGGGAGAGCCCCAACGCGAUGCGCUCCCACGUGCUGGAGAUCGCCAGCGGCGCCGACAUCGCGGACGCCAUCGCGGGCUUAUCCCGCCGCCGCCAGCGCGGCGUCUCCGUUCUCAGCGGGACCGGCGCCGUCACCAACGUCACGCUGCGGCAGCCCGCGGGGGCCGGGGCCGCCGCCGUCGCGCUGCGGGGCCGCUUCGAGAUACUCUCCCUGUCGGGUGCCUUCCUCCCGGCGCCGGCGCCGCCGGGGGCCACGGGGCUCGCCGUGUACCUGGCGGGAGGGCAGGGGCAGGUGGUGGGCGGGAGCGUCAUGGGAGAGCUCAUCGCGUCGGGCCCCGUCAUGGUGAUCGCCGCCACGUUCGGCAACGCCACCUACGAGAGGCUGCCGCUGGACCAGGACGCCGACGAGGGCGCCGUGCUGUCCGGGUCGUCCGAGGGCGCCGCCACCGCGCAGCAGCUGGAGCAGCAGCCGCAGAGCAGCGGGGGCAACGUCGUGCCGCCGUCCAUGUACGCCGUCCCGCCGAUGCCGCCGCACGACAUGUUCGGUCAGUGGGGGCACCCCGCCGUGACGCGGCCACCGCCGACGUCGUUCUAGCAACCAGGCGCUUGCUUGCUGCACCGCCCGGCCGGAUGGCGUCUCUGCAGGCAUCAACGACCCAUGCGAUCCGAUCAGUUUCAUGUGAACUGCUAAGUGAAUCUUCAUUCUUUCAUGGCCGCUAUCUAAUCGAAUCAGUUCUGCUGUAUAUCUUGUGGGAAUGCCUGCGCAAGUUAGAUGCCAUACCAUAUCACAAUGAACUGAUCAUAUGUACAUGUUUUUCUUUGUUUGCUCCUCAUCAUACAUAAAUCGAUCUGGCCCGUAGGUUUGAUCAUUUCAACGAACUCAGAAUGAUUCCAAAAUUUCAAAAAAGUAAUAAUACUACUAUGUUCUUUCAAAAUAAACUAUGUUAAUUGUUGACUUCUGAACUUUACUGCUGUCAGGAGAUCUACUGAUCUUGACAUUCCAUUUUGCUAGUUUAUUAUUUCUUCGAUCACUCUACCUUUUCGCUGACUGAUAAAUCUAAUAAUGGGUAGGGGGUGUGAAGAAGGGAACGCAUCCUGAUGUGAGGUAUGUGCACCAAAUCUGGAAAACUCUUGUAUGCAAAUAGUUAUUACAAACUGUGUAUAGGUACUUCAAUUUCUGUGUAUGGAUUGUACUUCAAACUGUGUAUAGGUACUCCAAUUUCUGUGUAUGGAUUGUACUUCAAACUGUGUAUCCUCACAAUCAU